AAGAAUAAACAUUCUUAUGCUAAGGAAAAAUGCUCGUUAUUAUUAAUUAUUAUCAUAUAAUGUAAUUAUUUGAUACUCGAUAAACAUAAUAAUAGGUAAUAAUACAAAUUACAUAGUGUUUGACCGUUGAUGUGUUGUGUUAUCGAAUUUCUGAAUUCUGAGGAUAAUGUUUCGGUAUGAAAUUUUUUGAUUAGACGGUAGCGUUAUUAGUUAUUAGUGCGCAGUAAUGUUAUCGCGAUAGUUUAUUUAUAAAGUCACGAAACGUCUCCGAAAAUGUAUGAUGCAGAUAACCUGUCAUGUGGAAAGAUUUUCUAUUCAGUUUUAUUAGAAGAAAAAUCGUGCUGUCUGUAAUUUUCGGCUGCUCGCUAACAUAUUGCAUCGUCAGUUUUUUAGUAAUCCCACCCAAGCCUUUAGACACAUGGAGGUUACCGACAAAAGUAGAUCACAGCUCGUUCGUAUGGAUUUCAGCAGAAGGAGAAUCGAACAAUACUGUGCCUCAAAAUUGCAGGAACACUGUUCAAGGCAGAGAAUAUGUUGCAGAUGACAGAGGUUACCUCUGUCUAAGAGGUGAUGUUCAAGCUAAUAACUGUUGUGGAUCUUCCGAUAAACGUUAUAUAUGUGAUACCUGUAAUAAAGACGGCUGUUGUGUAUUGUACGAACACUGUGUAUCAUGCUGUCUAGAUCCACAAAAGAGAAAGCUUUUACAAACGGUAUUAGGAAAAGCCUCGGAAACUUUUCGAGUACUAUUUGCGGCUAUCAAUGAUCAUUUCGAACUAUGUUUAGCUAAAUGCCGAACAAAUUCUCAGAGUGUUCAACAUGAGAACACAUAUUUAAAACCAAACAAACAUUGCUAUACCACUGCGGAUAAGGUGCCCUGAACAAUACAGUCGGAAUAUGAUGUUGUAUUCAGUUACAUUAAUUUUAAAUUGCAUAAUUAAUUAAUUUAUAUUUCAUUCUAAAAUAUGUCUAUAUCGUUAGAUAAUUGUAAUUAGACUACAUAUAAUUGUAGUGCAUGGGCUAAUAAUCAAUUAUGUAAUCAAAUGCAUAAAAAAUGUGCAUGAACAGAAAAUAAAAUAACAAAUUUAUAAUAUUACCAUAAACUCAUUUUUGUAACUAUAAUUUUUUUUACUUUAAAUAAUAUUUUAUUAUCAAAAAGACUAAAACUUAUUUUGCUAUCAAAAAAUUAAUAAAUUAAUAUUUUUUAAAGAUAUUAUAGCAAUUGAUUUUUAGUAGGAUAUAUUCAGAAGCGGACUAAACAAAACAGUAAAUUUAAAAGUAGUCCGCAUCAUUUUAAAAUUUCUAGAUUUUAUUUAUUGUUCUAAAAAUGUAAUUCUAAACCAUAUUACAUUCUAAAAUGUAAUAUGGUUAAUACAUACAAAGACAUACAUACAGUGUUCAAAAUAAAGCCAAAACUCAGUUAAGCUCUAUCGUACCUUGUACGUAUUUAAAUACUACACACUGUUUCACUUUAUCAGAUUUCAAAAUAUUGUAAUUGAAAUACAAAUGUGAACUUUAUGUUGUAACAUUGAUUCUCAUAUUUUUUAAGUUAUAUUAGUCAAUAAUUAUACGAACAAUUACAGGUUUCUUUACUUAAUAUAUUAUAUAUUUAUAUUUUAUUUAUACAACAGUUGUGUGUGCUGUAUUUUUUAAGUUUUAUUUAUGUAUAUUUUCUUAUUGUCCAGGUUUUUUAAAAAUAAAUAUUUAUUGUAUAUUUACCUAUUUUGAAGCUCGUGUUUGGGUAAUACAUGUUUAAAACGGUUUUUUUCGUAUUUUAUUAAUUAAGAAAUCACUACCUACCUAUAUGAUGUACCAUAUUUGAGGGUUGCCUAGUUAUUACCUAAAUAUUGCCUAAUUAUUAAUGAAGCAUUACGCUAUUCAUAUAUGAUACCCUGUUUGCACUACCGAUUUAAAAUUGUAAGUUCUUAUAUAAUAUACUACCUCAUUAAAAAUAAUUGUGUGCAAAAAAAAAAACUAUUAUU